AUGUCGCCAGCAGCCGUUCAAGUCAAUCCGUCCUCCAAAUUGCCCUCGCCCGGCUUCAAUGCCGGCGCGCGGCCCUACCGAUCGCACAAGGUCCGCGCGUGCGAUCUGUGUCGCAAGCGCAAGUCCCGCUGUACGGUCGAUAUUCCGGGCCAGUCAUGCCUUCUGUGUCGCGUGCAGGGUGCCGACUGCCACUACCAAGAAGAGGCUGGCGCAGAAACGUCGACGAUUAGCGCCCCCGAUACAAAACCAUGGCCGGGAGCCCAGCCGGUGGAACCGGUCUCGGGGCAUAAACGCAAGCGGAGCACCGACAGAUCACCUAUUUCGAGCGGACACAUACAGGGUCGGGGACCGAUCAACGGUCCCAGUCCUCACGGCACAAAUUCGUCUUCCGGUCGCCGCGAAAGUGACUCACGGCGCAAAAACUACGACGACGAUCGCCAUAAUGAGUCAGUUCUUAUUGUAGGGCCCAUGGUGGCGGAGGAUGCACAGGUCAUUGAGAAGCACAUGCCGCCAGAGAGGUCGAGUCUCUCUGAGGAACCUAACAACCCAUACAACAUCUAUUCAAGUGAUCCCAGGAAACCGGUUCUGUAUACUACGGUCUCACGGCGGAGGAAGGGUAUGCGGAUGGGCGUGCCCCCCGGUGAGAAUCAGAAGGAAAUUUUGGAACAGAUUCUGGGUCCAUUCAAGCAUGACCUCGUGCGACUCUUUAUUGACCGCUUAAAUACCGCCUUCCCUAUCUUCGACGGCGAAUCCUUCUGGGAAUCUUAUAUUGACGAAAACCUGGAAGACCCACCUGCCUCUCUACUAUGCCAAGUCUACUCAAUGUCUUUGGUUUACUGGAAACAUACCCCGAAGCUCGCAUGCCACCCAAAACCAGAUGUUCGGUAUGCCGUCAACAUGACCGUUGCCGCUCUACACGAAGACUUCACGGCGCCUGGGCUUUCAACGAUCAGCGCUGCCUUGAUUGAUCUGACGGGCCGACCAAUCUUUUCCAUGACAGGAAAUGCUAUCAGCUGUGGACGCAUGCUCUCACUAGCAAACUGCCUUGGGCUUAACCGCGACCCCAGUAAUUGGAAGCUCUCACAGCAAGAGAAAGAUCAUCGAAUCCGGCUCUGGUGGGGUGUUGUAAUCCACGACCGGUGGGGAAGCUUCGGUCAUGGUGUGCCCCCUCAAAUUGCUAAGAGUCAGUACGAUGUGCCUCUGCCGACCGUAGAUGGGUUAGUGCCCCAGCACGUGCGAACCACCGAGCGUGUGCGGGCAGCUCAUUGCCAUAUUGCGCUGUGUAAACUGACAGAGAUCUUGGGUGAGCUACUUCCUCUUGUCUAUGGCCUCCAGGCCAAGCCUGCUCGAGAGAGCUCAAAAAAGCUUCGCCAAAUUCGGACAGAUUUAGACAUGUGGGAGGACUCGCUUCCAGACUGGCUGAAAAGCCCAGCAGCCCAUACCCGGGGCGAACAGCUCGCUGGAUCGAGCAGCUUGCAGCUUGCAUACUUGGCCGUCAAGAUGCUUGUCAGUCGAGUGGAGCUGAAUGAGGUCAACAAUGCUGAAUCUGAAAAUCCUGAAGCUCGUCGGUACUUCCAGACCGAAUGUCGACGAUCGGCAGAGGAUAUCGUGCGAUUCAUCACAUCUUUACGCAAAGAGAACUUCCAAGAAUUCUGGUUGCCAUAUAGUGCAUUCCACCUUACUUCUACCGCGACGCUUCUCGUCCGCUGCGCCCUGGAGACAAGCGAUACCGAAAUCGCGCGCUCGUGCCUCGCAAACGUCGAAACACUGCGCAAUGUCCUGCGACGUGUGCAACAAGAAGAGGACUGGGACGUGGCUGAUAUGUGUCUCGAUCACUGCGAGAGAAUCAUGCACCGUCUUCCAGGGACUGGCACUGGCAUGGAUCAGACACUUUCCAAUGGACUCGCUGAUAAUGGGUUGGUUAACCCUGCAGCCAUUUCCUUGCCUGAGACACAAACCAACAACGACAUCGUCGAUGAUAUGAUGUCUAUCUCUAAUACAUUUGGGACGAUGGAUGGUUUCCCCUUCGACAUGACCGGGAUCUGGGAUGUUUCUGUUUUUCAAGACGUUAACCUGCCAUAG